GGCGCCCGAACGCCGCGGCCGCGCCCCGCCUCUCUCCGCGCGCACAGGUUUGGCCCCUCGCGGCCGCCGUCCGGCCCGCGCCCCUCCCGCUGCCGCCAUAUUUUGGCCGCCGCCGCCACCACCGGAGCCGCCGCCGCAGCCGCCGCGAUGGAAAACUAUCGAAUGAAGAGCUACAAGAACAAAGCCCUGAACCCCGAGGAGAUGCGCAGGAGGAGAGAGGAGGAGGGGAUCCAGCUGCGCAAGCAGAAACGGGAGCAGCAGCUCUUCAAAAGAAGGAAUGUGGAGCUGAUCAAUGAAGAUGACUCCAUGUUUGACAGUCUCCUGGUGGAUUCCUAUGUCACUUCCACAACGGGUGGGGAGGGAUUGAUCACAGGAGAGAUGGUGGAGAUGCUUUUCUCAGAUGACCCUGACCUACAGCUAGCAACCACUCAGAAAUUCAGGAAAUUACUCUCCAAAGAGCCAAAUCCUCCAAUAGACGAGGUGAUAAACACUCAGGGAGUGGUGGAGAGGUUCGUGGAGUUCCUGAAAAGAAGUGAAAAUUGCACAUUACAGUUUGAGGCUGCAUGGGCCCUGACCAACAUUGCCUCGGGCACCUCCCAACAAACCAAAAUAGUCAUCGAGGCUGGGGCAGUUCCCAUCUUUAUAGAGCUCCUAAACUCUGACUUUGAGGAUGUUCAGGAGCAGGCUGUCUGGGCGUUGGGGAACAUUGCUGGGGACAGCUCUGUGUGUCGAGAUUAUGUCCUGAACUGUGCCAUUCUUCCCCCCUUGUUAAUGCUCCUCACCACGUCCACCAGGCUGACCAUGACACGAAACGCUGUCUGGGCCCUGUCAAACCUGUGCAGAGGGAAGAGUCCUCCUCCUGAGUUUGAUAAGGUGUCCCCCUGCCUGCCAGUGUUGUCCCGAUUGUUGUUCAACAGUGACUCUGACCUGCUGGCAGACGCGUGCUGGGCUCUGUCCUACCUGUCCGAUGGUCCCAACGAGAAGAUCCAGGCUGUGGUGGACUCAGGGGUGUGCAGGAGGCUGGUGGAGCUCUUAAUGCACAACGAUUACAAAGUGGCCUCUCCAGCUCUUCGAGCAGUUGGCAACAUCGUGACAGGGGAUGACAUCCAGACCCAGGUGAUUCUAAACUGCUCAGCCCUGCCUUGCCUCCUCCAUUUAUUGAGCAGUCCCAAGGAAUCCAUCAGGAAAGAGGCGUGCUGGACCAUAUCCAACAUCACAGCAGGGAACAGAGCACAAAUCCAGGCAGUGAUUGAUGCCAACAUUUUCCCGGUGCUGAUCGAGAUCCUGCAGAAGGCGGAAUUCCGCACGAGGAAAGAGGCAGCCUGGGCCAUCACCAACGCCACCUCAGGAGGGACCCCUGAGCAGAUCAGGUACCUGGUGAAUUUGGGUUGUAUCAAACCCCUGUGUGACCUGCUGACUGUCAUGGACUCCAAGAUUGUUCUGGUGGCACUGAACGGGCUGGAAAACAUCCUGAGGCUGGGAGAGCAGGAGGCCAACCAGAGUGGGACUGGGAUCAACCCCUACUGCAGCCUGAUUGAGGAGGCCUAUGGUUUGGAUAAGAUAGAAUUCCUCCAGAGCCAUGAGAACCAGGAGAUCUACCAGAAAGCCUUUGAUUUGAUUGAGCACUACUUUGGGGUGGAGGACGACGCAGCCGUGGCUCCCCAGGUGGACGAGAACCAGCAGCAAUACAUCUUCCAGCAAACCGAGGCUCCCAUGGAGGGAUUCCAGCUAUAAUCCUGGGGGGAAAAAAGAAAAAACUCAACAAAACCCACCCAAAAAAACAAAACCCACCACAAACUUUCUGGAAAGUUUGGGAGAGCAGCUGCUGGUCCUGGCUGGGAAGGUUGGACACCCACUGCACCUGUUUAGGAAAACUCUGCAAACACCGAGAGCGCCCGGAGAGGAGAAGGGGAAAUUCUGCUCCUGGUUCCUCAGGGCUGCUGCUCACCUUGGCUUGGCUUUGGAGGCAGGAAGGACACUGAGGUGACAGCUGGCACCUCUUGGUGGCUUCUUUGUGGUGGUGUCUCCCCAGUGCUCUCGUUGGGUGAGGACACAGAGAGGAGGGAGCUGUUCUGGCCACAGUAAUUCUGCAAAACCUGGCUUGAUCUAUUUAAAUUUUCUUUUUUUUUUUUUUUCUUUUUUUUCUUUUUUUUUUUUUUUUGCACAUGUUACUCUUUAUUAAAGACUCUUUAAUAUGCCAAGAGCAAAAUUUAGCCCUGGCCUUCCUCCUUCAGGUGGACAGUCCUGGUGAAGCCAGGAUCAGUUCCCUGAUGAAAAAUACUGAAAAUGGACAGAAAAAAAAUGAGAAGUUCUCUCACUGCUGGGAAGUUUUUUUUUUUCUGCUGCUUCCCUUUGUCUAGAUUUUUUUGGUUUUUUUGUUCUUUUUUUUUUUUUUUUAAGAACUGCUAGUGGUAUUUCCAAGGAUUAAAAACAAAACAAAAAAAAAAAAAAA